UCCUCCAACCAGAACUUUUCUUUUUGCCACGUCAGAUCCGUUGUGUUAUGUUAAGUUUGGGCCUUCGUUUCUUAAUUUUAUUUUUGCAUGGGCUUCGUUUGUUUUAGUCCAGGGCUUCUAUCUAUUGUUAUCGACAAACGUAAAAAAAAAAAAAGCUGCAGAUCACGGAGAUCGCGAUUCAGACGGAGGUCUCGAGGAACUACGCCUCUGCCUCUUCCUCUUCUCCGAUUCAAAGCGUAAAGAGCUCUGAUCGAUCACCUUCUCCACAAACGAAACUCCAAUUUACUUCUUCAAUUAAUUUUGUCUUAAUGUUUUCGUUUCAUCUCCUCAUGUUCUUUCUUCUUUAUAUACCGAUUCUAUUUUCUCCGAUUCUCUUUUCUCUUUACAAACACAAACCCUACCAGCUUCUCAGAUCUCAACCAUGGCGACGAAACCGAAUGGGAAGUCUCCCGUCUCAUCCGCCUCUGAUGAAAAAGUCAUGUUAUUCCGAGAUGUCUCGCUGGGUCCACACGAAACUCAGCUGCGGUUUCGUCUGAUCCACUUCUGGGAAGCUUGGAAUCCGAUUAAGAAGACGCUAAUCGGCCUUGAGAUGCUCCUCAUCGACGAACAGGGAACGGUGAUUCAAGGAUUCAUUUCGCCAUCGCGUAUUCAAAAGUAUUUGGGUAAAAUGGAGCGAGGAAAAGUUUACAAGCUCGACAACUUCUAUGGAUCGAGUAACAAGUCGGUUUAUCGGGUUUCUGAUCAUGCCGUUACCGUGUCGUUUUCGUGGAAUUAAUCUAAAAGCUUCCAAGAAGAACUAUGUGCAAAGUCAAGAACAAUAUAUUAAGUUUAAAACAAAGAGGAAACCUUUA